CCCUGUAUGAAGUUAGAGCUUGUCUGCUGUCACAUGGAGAUGUUUAUCGGAGAAAACGUUGAACUUUAGGGUAACUUUCUUUCUGUUGCCAUCGCGCCCAUUUUUUAAAGCGAUGUUUAUCACCACACAAAAUGACAAAUCCAAAACAGAAGUAGCAGAGCCCGUAAACUCAGAGUUCAGGAAUGCAGUACAUGAUGCCGUUAUGCUGACUAACAGUAGAGACUCAGCUCGUCUAGUUGGCUACAAGUGCGAUGGCAUUAAUGGUGGCAUUAGCAUGAAAGCCGAAGCUUUGGAACCUGAUCUCUUUGAGCAGAGCGUACAGAUGAAGAGGUGUGUGAGCAGUGGUCCAUGAUGCACAGCUAAUGCUGGCCUGGCUGCCUCUCUGUCUGCAGUAGAUUCAUGGCAGCAUUAGGGAACCCCGAGAUGCUCACAAGGAAGAUCAAACUGUGGGACAUUAACGCCCACAUUACAUGUCGCCUGUGUGAGGGGUACCUGAUCGACGCCACCACCGUCACAGAGUGCUUACACACCUUCUGCAGAAGCUGUUUAGUGAAAUAUCUGGAAGAGAACAACACGUGCCCCACGUGUAGGAUUGUCAUUCACCAGAGCCAUCCACUGCAGUAUAUCGGCCAUGACCGAACAAUGCAAGACAUUGUCUAUAAGCUGGUGCCGGGACUCCAAGAAGCGGAGUUGAAAAAGCAGAGAGAUUUUUAUCAGAAACUGGGCAUGGAGGUACCCGGGGACAUCAAAGGAGAGCUGUGCAACAUGAAGGCCCACCUGGACUCGCAACGUAAUGGCGAAGUAAAAUCUGAGGAUGCAUCUAAGGAGGGAGACGAGAAACCAGAAGAGGAUAAUGAUUAUCAUCGUAGUGACGAGCAGGUGAGCAUCUGUCUGGAGUGUAACAGCAGUAAGCUCCGUGGACUCAAGCGGAAGUGGAUCCGCUGCUCGGCCCAGGCUACUGUUCUUCAUCUUAAAAAAUUCAUUGCCAAGAAGCUCAACCUGACAUCUUUCAAUGAGCUGGACAUUUUAUGCAAUGAGGAAAUCCUCGGCAAGGACCAUACACUCAAAUUUGUGGUGGUGACAAGAUGGAGAUUCAAGAAAUCACCCCUCCUCCUGCAUUACAGACCCAAGAUGGAUUUGCUGUAGUUGGACAGGAGAGUUGUUUUGGCCCAGGACUGCGCAGCGCACUAUUUAUGCAGAGACUAUCAACGCCACCCAUACCAAACACACACCAGUCCCACCAGUCAGUCCCGACACGAGCCAGCAAACAACCAGUAUCAACUCACUUAAUGCUACACACUUAACAGCCAAGCCAAACAGCUGCAGGUGUUCCUUCUACUCAUAAUCCUCUAUGUCCUCGAUAUGUGAAAAAAACAAAAGAGAAAGCAUAUAUUUAUACUUUUGUACAGAUGAGAGACAUGGACCCAAGACGCUACCGGUGCUCUGUUUACACACCAACAACAAACAAAGGGGUGAAGUUUUUAUAUCGUGACCAGGGCGCUCACCUCAGAGCGGUGAAGAGCCGCUGCUGCACAGUGUGUACACUCCUGCGUGGGGUCCCAUCACACUGCUCACUGGGGAGAAACGUCUUCACUGCCCACUCACAUGUUCAGGUCUCAACAGUCUCGGGAGCACACAAAAUACUACGAUAUGACGAAAGACAUCGUUCCUAAUACGUUUGAGUUGUGAAUCGUCUCAGAGCAUUUGGGUUUUUUUUCCCCUCCUUUAUUGCGUCACCGAACGUGGAAUUGUGAAUAGACAAAUUUUGUGUAGUAAUUUAUGUUCAAUUUACAAGUAUUGUAUAUAGAAAUUGUUACAAUGCAAGAGAGAUAAAAAGCUGAUAGAUGAAAAUGUAAGAAUGAGUGAGUGUGUGAGUGCAAGACAGAGAUUGACUGACAGACUGUUCUGAAACAUGGAUUUUAAAGGAAUGAUUCAAGGAAACCAAAUUUACACCAGUUUUCCACCUAAACACAGAUGAGAUCCAGUGCUUUGCAUAAGUAUUCACCCCCCACCUGAAUGUUUCCACGUUUGUAGUGUAAUGAAAUGGAGUUAAUUAGGAUGAUAUCUCUUUAAUCUGCCCCAAAUAACCCAUAAUAAUUGACGUGAGAGAAAAAAAUGUAUAUAGUUUAAAAAAUUAUUUACAAAUAAAGAACAUAAAAGUUGUGAUUAUGUAAGUAUUCACCCCCGUUUCUGUGAUUAGUUCUGGUGCCAUCACGUCACAAUCAUUAGUUCUGUGCAAUCUGAAUAUAAAUACAAAUGUUUCUGGAAGGCCCCAGAGAAUGCUAAAGAACAUAUCUAAACACUGAGCAUCUUGAACUCCAAGGAGCUCUCAAAACAAUGCUCUGGAAAAGUAUCAAUCAGGGUUUGGUGAUGAAAAAAAUCCCAAACUUCGAAUCUCCCAUAGUCGGACCAUUUAUUGUAAAUUUGUAAAUAUUUUUGCAAACUAUACUGCUUUUUUCUCUUAUGGCCAAUAUUAUGGACUAUUUUGUAGAUUCAUGACAUGUAAUACUGCUGAAGUCCAUUUCAGUUCCAGGUUGUAAUACUAUAACCCCGAUUCCAAAAAAGUUGGGUCACUGUGCAAAACAUAAAUAAAAACAGAAUGUGAAGAUUUGCAAAU